CUCGUUCAACAUCAGCCAACAAUCAGCUCGUCUCUGUCGAGUUGCUGAGGGCCAAGGCAAGCGAGCAUGUCGAAAGGGAAACAACCAGCACACCCACAGCCACAGGCUCAGCCCAAUCCCCAAGUAGCCCAGCCAGCGGCUCCAGGUCAGGCAGCUGCCCAGCAACCUCCAGAUGAUUUUGAACACCACAUCCGCGGCCUCCUCGAAUCUCAUCGAGCAUCUGAAGCAUCUUCCCAGGCUACGAAAACUCAGCUUGCCAAGGCGCUCACGGACCAUACCGCCUGGCGGCGGGCUUACGAGUCACUGCAGGAAAAGUAUAACCAGGACACAGAGACUCUUGGAGAGAGGGUGUCAGUCCUGGAAGAUGAGCUGGCCCGUUCAAAAGCGGCGGUGGCGAAAGCAGAGAAGGAAAAUCAAGAUAUGACGCGGUAUCUAGGAGAGGCGGACAAAAAUGUCAGACAGAUGAGAGACAAGUAUGAGGUGCUGGAGAAGGAAUUAGCAACAGCAAAAAGUAGGGUGGCCGCAGAAGAGCAGAGGGGUGCAGGGACAAGGAAGAAGAUCAAAAGCGAGCCGACGGCGUGAUGGGCCGAGAAGGAUGGAUCUCUGUACUUAUUUUGUAUUGUAUUGUUUAUAGUCCGUGGCAUACUCUAGAUCAUAGAAUGAGUGGAUGGCUGGGCAGGUAUGUGUUGGUCGUUUGCCGCCUUCGAACGGUAUCUGGUGGACAGCACGGUACCGUCAUCGGCUGGACUGCGCCUUGUACAGGGUACUCCAAGGAGAGUUACCCCCAAUGCAACGCCCAUAUCACCUCCCAAGGAUCUCAUCCAUACUCAGCGUGGACACUGCAUGGAUGCAUGGCAUAGUGAAC